GUCUAUUGAUGCUUGCUGCAUUCACCAGGCCUGUUUGGAGACUCUUCGUCACAAGUCAUUGUACAGAGAUGUCGUGCAUUGAGGAGCGGGAUGCCAAUGAGCUGGAUGCCAAAGAGCUGGAUGCCAAAGAGCUGGAUGCCAAAGAGCAGAACGACCAAGGGCCGAACUGCCAAAAGCAGGACGACCAAGAGCUAGUGUCAAAAGCUGAAAACCUGCCAUGCUGCGAUUCCCAGCAUGCUAAAGUUCAUCAAAUCAAAGAGCCGGACGCCCAAGAUCGGGAUACUCAAAAAGGGAAUGCCCAAGAGCGGAAUACUGAAGAUGCCCAAACCCAAAAGCCGCCAUGCUUGGAUCCUAGAGACCGAAGGAGUGAGGCCGAAGAGAGUGAGGCCGAAGAAAGUGAGGCCAAAGGGAGUGACGCGCAAAUGAGUGACGUCCAAAAGAGUGACGCCCCAGAGAGUGAUGAAGGGGAGCAUCUUGCCCAAGAUCUGCGAUUUGUCAAACCGUAUGAGCUGCUCCAAGAGAUGAAGCAGCAUGACGAACAGGAACAAGAGAGUGACGCGCGAAAGGUUGACGUCCAAAAGAGUGACGUCCUAGAGAGGGACGCACCAGGGAGUGACGCCGAAGAGAAUGACGCCGAAGAGAGUGAUGCUGAAGCAAGUGACGCGCAAAAGAGUGACGCGCAAAAGAGUGACGUCCUAGAGAGGGAUGCCCAAGUUAGUGACGCACCAGGGAGUGACGCCGAAGAGAAUGACGCCGAAGAGAGUGAUGCUGAAGCAAGUGACGCGCAAAAGAGUGACGCGCAAAAGAGUGACGUCCUAGAGAGGGAUGCCCAAGAGAGUGACGCACCAGGGAGUGACGCCGAAGAGAAUGACGCCGAAGAGAGUGAUGCUGAAGCAAGUGACGCGCAAAAGAGUGACGCGCAAGAGAGUGACGUCCAAGAGAGUGACACAGAAGUGAGUGACGCCCCAGAGAGUGAUGACCGGGAGUAUCUUGCCCAAGUCCUGGGAUUUGUCCAACAGUAUGAGCUGUUCCAACAGAUGAACCAGCAUGACGAACCGGAAAAGCGGGAUUACCAACAGGAAGAUGUUCAAGAGUGGAAGAAAUUGAAAGAAAGGUGGGAGAGAUUGAAAGACCAAUGCGAGCUGGAGGUCAAACAGGUGGAACAGGGGAAGCUACGUUUCCAACAGCAAGAGGCGAACAUAUCGAAAUGGAAGCGGGCGGCCCAAAAAUGUGAGCGGGACGCCCAACCGCGGAAGCGGGAUUGUGACCAACAGUUGGAGAGGGAUGUCCAACUGCCGGAACGGGAGCUCCAGGUCCAACAGCGAGAGCGGGAGCUGCAGGUCCAAAAGCGGGAGUGGGAGCUGCAGUUCCAUAAGCGGGAAUGGGAGCUGCAGGUCCAACAGCGGGAUCGGGAGCUCCGUGUCCAAGAGCGGGAACUGCACGUCCAACGUCGGGAAUGGGAGCGGCAAGUCCAUCAGCGGGAGUCGCAGAUGAAGGCCCAACAACGGGAUUGGGAGCUGCAGGUCGUACAGCGUGAGCAGGCGGUUCACCAGCGUGAGCGGGCGGUUCAGCAGCGUGAGUUCAGCAGCCAUAAGCAGCGUUAGUCGGACGUCCAAAAACCGGAGUUCCAAAAGUGGAGCGGAAGGUCCGACAAAUGGACGUCCCAAAAGGAGACUAGGAAGUAGCGGGCGCAGUGAGACUGCCACAAGCACAGCCAUUCUGGGAUACUGAUUCUGAUGGCCAACAGCGGGAGCGGGACUGAGAGGCCGUACACCAAAGUGAAGGACGCGGAAAUGCUGGACACAGAAAAGACGGCAAUGCUUAGAUACCGUACCAAUUUUCAAGCAUGACAUUGUACAUGUCCCUGUCCACCAACCAUCGCUGGAUGAUGGUCCGUGACGUAGAAUACUACGGUGUACUCAUGUAUGAAUUUCAAGCAAUGUUGCAUAGCUUGUUCACAUACUGUAUCCAUCGCACAUCUUGAUUUCUUCCUUUUCUUGCCUAGAUACGUACGCUAUGUACUUCCUGUGUCAUGUCUUGCCACGCCAACCUCGUUCGGAAUUCUCUGCCAAGUCCGACUUUCUAUGUAUUAUGCUGGAAGCACUCGUGUGCCUAACCAUUCUAGUACACUUUUCUGCACAAGACCGAACACUCGACGAAAUAAGCUAUCACAACUGAAUGUA